AUGCAACGUCCGGUGAACCAAACACUCCGCACCAUUUCGAAAUGCAGACAAGGACAUGGCAUUCCGCAGUACAUCAUUGAAAACGGGUUACGCAAAGUGAAGCCUUACUUUUUCCAACAUCAAGUACAUGCCAAAGAACGAUGGCUCAAGCGAACCUUGUUGGAUGUCUUUGCCACCGAAUUUCAAUUUCGAGACAAGAUGUAUUAUCACAAUGCUAUUCAAUGUGGUCAUAUCACGGUCAAUGGCAGCCAAGUCGAGCCCACAUACGUUGUCCAACACAAUGACUUGAUCAUCCAUCACAUUCACAGACAUGAGCCUGCUGUUACCGCCAAGCCUAUUGAGAUUAUUGACCAACAAGAUGAUUUCGUGGUGAUUGACAAACCAGGCGGUAUUCCCGCUCAUCCUGGUGGCCGCUACAGAUAUAAUUCGGUGACCCAACUCUUGCAACGCCAAUUGAAUGUGUCUCGGCUCUUUCCUGCAAAUCGACUCGACUUGCCUACCUCAGGUCUUAUGUUCAUAGGCUUGAAUGUGGAUGGUGCACGUAGAUUAUGGGCUGACACAGUGGAAGGGCGUGUUCAGAAAGAGUACCUUUGUCGAGUCGUUGGCAAAUUCCCAGAUCGAGUUGUAUGUACAGCACCCAUCAAGCGGAUCUCAUUUAGACUCUCUCUUCAUUAUGUUCAAGAUGAUGGCAAGCCUUCGGAGACCGAGUUUGAGCGAAUUAGCUAUGAUGGCACAACAAGUUUGGUGCGAUGCAGGCCUGUGACAGGACGUACCCAUCAAAUCCGAGUCCAUUUACGCUAUUUGGGAUACCCGAUUGCCAAUGAUCCACUUUAUGGACUUGAUAAGCCAUGGUCCCAUCUUUUACAAGAAGGUCAACCCCUCGACGAGGAAUAUGCAGCCAACGUGGUACAAACGAUCGCCGCUCAUUCACAUUACCCAGACUUUGAUCCUUCCCAUAUUAAUGCGUGCCGAGAUUGUGGCCUUGUCAUGACAUCUGAUCCACCACCCAAUUUACUUUCAAUAUGGCUUCAUGCAUGGCGGUAUGCAUCCAAGGACCAAUCAUGGGCCUAUGAGACACCCAACAUACCCACAUGGGCAUAUCAUUGA